AUGGCGCUGCCGGCGCUGCGGCGUGUGCUCGUCACUGGUGGCAACAAGGGCAUCGGGCGCGCACUCUGCCAGCAGCUGGUCGCAGACCACGGCUUCCACGUACUGCUCGGAUCUCGGGAUCCAGCCCGUGGAGAGGAGGCUGUGCGUGCAAUCUUGGAAAAGUGCGGGCCAGAAUGCGCAGAUCGCCUCGAAACACUGUCCCUCGACGUCUCCGAUGAUGCCUCUGUUCGUGCUGCAGCUGAAGAGGUGAAGCAGAAGUAUGGGGCAGAGUCAAGCUUAUAUGGCAUUGUGACCAAUGCUGGCGUUGGCUUCGAUCAUUCAAUGGAGCGAACUCUGGAUGUGAACACGUACGGCGCCAAGAGAGUCUGCGAGGCUUUCUUGCCCCUGCUUCAAAAAGACGGGCGUAUUGUGAACACAGCUUCUGCAUCGGGACCCAAUUACGUGUCGCGCUCCAGUGGGGACGAGAGACAGCUCCUCAUGGACCCAGAGGUGAGCUGGGAAGCCCUGGAUAGCUUCAUGAAGGAGGCAGGCGCUGAGCCACGCGGCCGGCAGCCCUACGGUCUGUCGAAGGCCUGCCUCAUUUCCUACACGAUGCUCCUGGCCAGGCUCCAUCCUGACCUCAAGAUCAACGCCAUGACACCUGGGUACAUCCUCACGGACAUCACCCGGGGCAUGGGGGCCACGAAGCCGCCUGAGGAAGGAACCAAAGCAGCAAUCCACUGUCUUAUCGGGGAGCUGGAAGGAAACGGUCGUUACUAUGGGUCGGAUGCGCUUCGGAGCCCUAUUGAUCGAUACCGUGCACCGGGCGACCCUCCUUACGAGGGGCCAUAG